CAGGAAUUCCGUUAACGGUUAAUCUCACGAUCACCGCCAUUCCUAAUGACUUCUCCAACAUUUCACAAUUACUAAAACUCUGAAUCAAAUCAAUCACUCAAGUUUGAUAGCAAUGAAGGUUUGGAGACGGCCGGUUAAUCCCGCCCGGCGCCCCUCCGAAAGCGAGGCAGCUUCAUUUGCAUCGCACCUCCAUUCCAGAUCCCGCCCUCCUCCAUACUUAUCCAUUGCACUCCUAAUUCUGGGAGCAAUCCUUGUAAUUGGUUAUCUGCGCGCCGGUCAAGAUGCUUUGGGAAGUAGACUAGCUCUCAGUUGGGCUCAAGGUGAUGUUUCAUGUAGCGAAGAAGUUCAACGUGCCGUUCCAAUUCUGAAAGCAGCAUAUGGGAAUAGCAUGCAAAAGGUGCUACAUGUCGGUCCAGAUGCUUGUUCCACUGUUUCUAGAUUGUUAAGGGAGGAGGAGACCGAUGCUUGGGGCGUGGAGCCAUACGAUACAGAGGAUGCUGAUCGAAAGUGCAAGAGAAUGGUGAAAAGCGGCCUCGUCCGAGUGGCUGAUAUAAAGUUUUUACUUCCCUACAGGGCAAAGUCAUUUCCUCUUGUGAUUGUGUCGGACGCACUGGAUUACUUGUCUCCAAAGUAUCUGAACAGAACUAUUCCUGAACUAGCGAGGGUGUCAUCCAGCGGCCUUAUCAUUUUCACUGGAUACCCACGUAAUGUCAAAGCUAAAGCCAACAGAUACGGAAAUUCGGUUAAGUUGAGGAGCGCGAACUGGUGGGGCGACUAUUUUGAUCAUCUGAGCUUAGAGGAGAAUGAAGACGUGGCUAAGAAGUUCGAGAAAGCUGCAGAAAAAAUGUCGCACAUCCCACAUUGCCAAAUUUUCCAUCUCAAGCCAUACAACUGAUCUUACAGCAGUACGUUUUUGGAGUCUCGUUCUUUUAUUUAUAACGAAAAGGCGACUAACAUCCACUGUCCUAUCUUUUAGUAUCUGAGAAUCUGAGGGAAAUGGAAUAUAGUUAUUGUCAUUAGAAAUGAUAUGUUCAUUUAGGCAGUGGGUUUCAGCAAACUACAAUUUAUAUAAUGGUAUAUUGUUACAUUCAUCCAUUGGCUUUGAAAUUUGUCAAUUGUAUCUAAACCUUUAGAAAUUAUAUUGAUUAUAUUUUUAUCUCUA